CCAAGAGCUACAGCUGAGGAAGCAGACCCCUCUACUGUCAACGAUUUUGGACGACUGAACGAAAGUGAUGUUCCAACAAUGCCGAUAGUGGAUAAACUCAAGGAGGCAUUAAAACCCGGUCGAAAGGAGACAGGCGAUGAGGGUGACCUCAACAAAUUGUUGGCUUCUUCUGCCAAGAAGGUCCUUUUGCAGAAGAUAGAGUUUGAACCUGCCAGCAAGGGUUUCUCCUAUCAACUGGACAGCUUAAAGAACAAGUAUGUGAUCCUCAAUCCCAGGAAUGAGGGCGCUACGGGGCAGAAGGCCACAGAGCCUGCCCAAAUAAAGAGGCAAGUCUCAGAGAACGUGGUCGGGGGCCAGAGCGAUGGGAUCCCUGCCCCACAGAAGAUGCUCUUUCCAGGGAACAAGCUUACCCUCAAAUGGGAGCGUGUAUACAGGGUGGGAGCUGGCCUCCACAACCUCGGAAACACCUGCUUCCUCAACUCCACGGUGCAGUGUCUCACCUACACCCCGCCACUUGCCAACUACUUACUCUCAAAGGAGCACAGCCGUGCCUGUCACCAGUCAGGCUUUUGUAUGAUCUGUAUAAUGCAGAACCAUAUCAUCCAAGCCUUUGCCAACACAGGCAAUGCCAUCAAGCCUGUCUCCUUCAUCAGAGACCUGAAAAAAAUUGCCAGACAUUUUCGUUUUGGAAGCCAGGAGGAUGCCCAUGAAUUUUUGCGGUACACCAUUGAUGCCAUGCAGAAAGCCUGUCUCAAUGGCUACCCAAAGCUUGACAGGCAGACCCAGGCCACAACACUGGUUCACCAGAUCUUUGGAGGUUACCUCAGGUCAAGAGUGAAAUGCUCUAUUUGUAAAAGUGUGUCUGACACAUACGACCCGUACCUGGACAUUGCUGUGGAAAUUCGGCAAGCAGCAAACAUCGUGCGAGCCCUGGAACUGUUUGUUAAACCAGAUGUAUUAAGUGGAGAGAAUGCCUACAUGUGUGCCAAGUGCAAAAAGAAAGUGCCAGCAACCAAGCGUUUCACAGUCCAUCGAACAUCUAAUGUACUGACCCUUUCGCUGAAGAGGUUUGCCAACUUCAGCGGAGGCAAAAUAACAAAGGAUGUUGGAUACCCAGAAUUUCUGAACAUCCGCCCCUACAUGUCUCAGAGCUCAGGUGAUCCUGUUAUGUACGGCCUCUAUGCUGUUCUGGUGCACUCUGGGUACAGUUGUCACGCUGGACACUACUACUGCUAUGUCAAGGCGAGCAAUGGACAAUGGUACCAGAUGAAUGAUUCAAUGGUGCACUCUAGUAACAUCAAAGUGGUCUUGAAUCAGCAGGCUUAUGUCCUUUUCUACCUGAGGAUUCCUGAAACCAAGAAGAAUGCUGAUGGGCAGACCACCAAGCAGGGGAUGUUGCACCCUGGGAAGAACAGUGUGUCGUCUGAACAGAUAAAGCGGGCCAACCUGAACGGGCCUCUCUCCUCCCCGCAGGUCACAAAGAAAAUUGAGCCUGCACAACUGCGAAAGAUCCAGUCUGUGGAUGGUGGCUUGGGCCUGCCUAUUUCCAGGAACGGUGUAAAUACUCAGCCACAAGCCAGACUUUCCAACUGGACGUCAUCCUCCAAUGGCCCACCGAAGCUGCCAGGUGGACCCACGGUUAUUGAGGAACCUUUCAAGAAGCUGAAGAAGCCCUCCCCCCAGAGCCAAGUGCAGUCCCGCAGCACCACUCCGACCCCUUCCAACAACGGGCUGAGCAGGACGGAGGGAGAUAAAAAGCAAGGUGGCGAGGGCAGAGGCAUUGCAGCAUCUACCUCAUUUAAGUCUUUGUCUGACUCUUCCUCUGCCGACACCACUGACUCAAAGGACUCCGUGGGUACCAAGAGCGCGCCAGUAGGAGAGACGCCCUCCACCCCUCGAAAAAGCUCCAACGGCCUGGCAUCUCCAGCCAAGAGCGUGGAGCGCUCUCAGAGCACGGAGGAGCAGAAGACGGCGAAAGUAAAACCCCCAGCCCUCAACAACAUCACAUCUGAAGCCACCAGCACCAUGUCACCUCCACCUGCCAAGAAACUGGCCCUGUCAGCCAAGAAGGCUCGCAGCCGGAGUCCGAGCAACAUUGAUGCUCUGCCCCCUUUGUCACGCCAGCUGUCCAGUGACCCCACACAUCAAAAUCAACUUAACCCCCUCACCUUCGCCUCACCUUCUCACACUCACAGAGCUGGUCCAUUCCAUUCACCUAAAGUCCAGUCAUCGCCUUUUGCCCACUCAAGUGGAUCCUUCAAACAGCAGAGCCCUCAGAAACAGUCCCUUCUCUCCACACUGCAAAAACCAAACGCCAGCCUUUCUCUUAAAACCAACGGGCUUCACAGUCCCAGCCCAAAGAGCCCCAAGUCUUCCAACAACCUCAGCUCCGCGGUCCAAGAACCAGACCUCAGCAGCCCUUCAGCUCAAAAGAUCAACCAAAAGAAGAAGAAGAAAAAGAAGCGGCGCCAUUCUGAAGUGGAGGGUGACACAGAGCCAAUCAUAUCCCCAGCUACGGUGACGCAGGCCAACUUCGCGGAAUCAGCGAGUGAGAAGAAGCGCAAGAAGAAAAAGAAAAAGCGAAAGAGGGAUGCAGAGGAUGGAGAGAAAGCCAAGGAGAGGGAGUGUGUCCCGUCUCAUCUAGACACAUCAAACCAGGAAGAGGAUUGGUGUCAGGGUGGCAUAUGGAGUCUAACAUCCAACCCAGAAGCUAAGCAAAAGCCUCAGUUAGCUUCCACAACCCCAACGCAGUGUGAGGCAAAUCAGAAAGAACAGGGAAGGGACUCUGUGUCGUUGAAGAAGAAGAAGAAAAAAAAGAAGAAGAUUAAACUGUUGGAGGCUCUGCAGGAAACAACAUCAGCAUGCUCUGCAUCAGAAAGCAAUUCUGAGAUGAAGGCCACAGCCGUUCAGAAUGACACAGGAGAUUUGAUAAUGUUGAAAAAGAAAUUAAAGAUGAAGAAAAAGAAGAGGCUGAAAGAAGAGGUGAGACUGUGGGAGGAGAGCAGGCGAUGUUCUGACGGGCAGAAUGAUGAGCCUGAAGCAGCGGAGCCCCCUUCAAAACAGAGCACCACAGAGAACGACAAAUUAAGCAAACGAAGCACAGCCACAGUGGUAGUGUGGGACAGCCAAGUGAAGGAUGGUUACAAACGCAGCCAGGCUCCAGCAGCUGAUGGAAGUGCAUUAGGAGACAACACCCCGGCCUGCGCUGCUCCUGUGGCCUGGGAUGGAAAAAAGACAAGUGGUGUGGUAGAGGAGCUGCUCAGGAACGCCACAGAUAAGGCCUACGGAGCCAACGUUCUCAGUUGGGAUGGUGAGGUCUCUGCAAUCAGUAGAGAUGCCAUUGAAGAUGUCCGCCUUGCAAAGAAUGACACUGUCAUCGAUGAGUGGGAUGAAGACUUUGAUAGGGGAAAGGUGAAGAAAAUGAAAAACUAUAAAAGAGAAAAAUGGAGAAGUGGCAGCAGCAUCUUCCAGAAGAUCCAGGACAGGAAGAACAAGUGGUCUGUAACACCCGGAGGGAAGAGAGUUUUUGGAGUGCGUCGCUGAGAGUCCAGAGUGCUGUUAAGGUCAUGCUGACUGGAAAUCAAGACAAUACUGUAUACCAAACUUUUUCUCUUUUUUAAUUUUUUUUUUUUUUUUUUUUAUCU